GGACGGGCAGGGAGGCGGGCCUUGGCUGCUGUCAGGGUUGGGUGCGCCACUGAACGGAUGGCAGGGAGAGCCGAGUGGAUUCCCGAGGAGCAUCCGCCGGCUGUUUGAAUAUCAUCAGUUACCACCCGUUGAUGUCAAGAUGACUAAGCUUGGAUUUUUGCGGUUGUCCUAUGAGAAGCAGGACACACUUCUGAAGCUUCUCAUCCUGUCGAUGGCUGCUGUGUUAUCAUUUUCUACUCGUCUCUUUGCUGUCCUGAGAUUUGAAAGUGUUAUCCAUGAGUUUGACCCGUACUUUAAUUAUCGCACUACCCGGUUUCUGGCUGAGGAGGGGUUUUAUAAAUUCCAUAACUGGUUUGAUGACCGGGCCUGGUACCCUUUGGGCCGAAUCAUUGGAGGAACAAUUUACCCAGGCUUAAUGAUCACCUCUGCUGCAAUCUACCAUGUACUUCAUUUUUUCCACAUCACCAUUGACAUUCGGAAUGUCUGUGUUUUCCUGGCUCCUCUCUUCUCCUCCUUCACCACCAUCGUUACAUACCACCUUACCAAAGAGCUCAAGGAUGCAGGUGCUGGGCUUCUUGCUGCUGCCAUGAUUGCCGUAGUUCCUGGUUAUAUUUCUCGAUCUGUAGCUGGCUCCUAUGAUAACGAAGGAAUUGCUAUCUUUUGUAUGCUGCUUACUUAUUACAUGUGGAUCAAAGCUGUGAAGACUGGUUCCAUCUAUUGGGCUGCCAAGUGUGCCCUUGCUUAUUUCUACAUGGUCUCUUCAUGGGGAGGUUAUGUGUUCCUGAUCAACCUGAUCCCUCUUCAUGUCCUGGUGCUAAUGUUAACAGGCCGAUUUUCUCAUCGGAUCUAUGUAGCCUACUGUACUGUUUACUGCCUAGGUACUAUUCUUUCUAUGCAGAUCUCCUUCGUGGGCUUCCAGCCUGUCCUUUCAUCAGAACACAUGGCAGCCUUUGGAGUAUUUGGUCUCUGUCAGAUUCAUGCCUUCGUAGAUUACCUGCGCAGCAAGUUGAAUCCGCAGCAAUUUGAAGUUCUUUUCCGAAGUGUUAUCUCCCUGGUUGGCUUUGUCCUCCUCACUGUGGGAGCACUUCUCAUGCUGACAGGAAAAAUUUCUCCCUGGACAGGGCGUUUCUACUCAUUGCUGGAUCCUUCUUAUGCUAAAAACAACAUCCCCAUCAUUGCGUCCGUGUCUGAGCACCAGCCCACAACCUGGUCCUCCUACUAUUUUGAUCUGCAGCUCCUCGUCUUCAUGUUUCCAGUUGGCCUCUAUUACUGCUUUAGUAACCUGUCUGAUGCUCGGAUUUUUAUCAUCAUGUAUGGUGUGACCAGCAUGUACUUUUCAGCUGUAAUGGUGCGUCUGAUGCUGGUGUUGGCACCUGUUAUGUGCAUUCUUUCUGGCAUUGGUGUCUCCCAGGUGCUGUCCACAUAUAUGAAGAAUCUAGAUAUAAGUCGCCCAGACAAGAAGAGCAAGAAGCAACAGGAUUCUACUUACCCUAUUAAGAAUGAGGUGGCAAGUGGAAUGGUGCUGGUCAUGGCCUUUUUUCUCAUCACCUACACUUUUCAUUCAACCUGGGUAACCAGUGAAGCCUACUCUUCUCCAUCCAUUGUACUGUCUGCCCGUGGUGGAGAUGGCAGUAGGAUCAUUUUUGAUGACUUUCGGGAAGCAUAUUACUGGCUUCGUCACAAUACUCCAGAGGAUGCAAAGGUCAUGUCAUGGUGGGAUUAUGGCUACCAAAUUACUGCAAUGGCAAAUCGGACAAUUUUAGUAGAUAAUAACACGUGGAAUAAUACUCAUAUUUCUCGAGUAGGACAGGCAAUGGCAUCCACAGAAGAAAAAGCCUAUGAAAUCAUGAGGGAGCUUGAUGUCAGCUAUGUGCUUGUCAUUUUUGGAGGCCUCACUGGAUAUUCCUCUGAUGAUAUCAACAAGUUUCUUUGGAUGGUUCGGAUUGGAGGGAGCACAGAUACAGGAAGACACAUCAAGGAGAAUGACUACUAUACUCCAACUGGGGAAUUCCGAGUGGAUCGUGAGGGUUCUCCAGUGCUGCUCAACUGCCUUAUGUACAAAAUGUGUUACUACCGCUUUGGGCAGGUCUACACAGAAGCCAAGCGUCCACCAGGCUUUGACCGUGUUCGAAAUGCUGAGAUUGGUAAUAAAGACUUUGAGCUUGAUGUCCUGGAGGAAGCAUACACCACAGAACAUUGGCUGGUCAGGAUAUACAAGGUAAAGGACCUGGAUAAUCGAGGCUUGUCAAGGACAUAAAUGUCCAUUGUGCCCUGAUACGCUUCGCACUGAAUGCGUCAUAUUGAGGACGCCGGAAGAUUUUUUUUUUAUAUGCAGUUUAUAAGAACAGAGCUGGAUGGGAUUAGAAUUGUCUGGAAGUUUUGCCCUGGACAGUUAUGGGCUGGGCCAAAUGAAAUGAUUUUUAUAAUUCUGAGCAGGUUACCAAAUGAAAUGUCAUGGCUUUACUUUGUUCAAUUAAAGGGGGGUAAUUUUUUUUAAAUGUGCCUUAUUUGUUUUGACUUAAAUGGGCUGAUUUGAGAAUCACAGAAGUGAAUAGAUGGAAGACCAUAUCUAUGCUCUAGGUCCCCAGAUGAACCAAACAGGAGCAUUUUCUUUCUCCCAUCAGCAAACUCAAGGACUAGCUGUGGCUCUACAAAUAUAAAAACUUUUGUCACAUUUUUUGUUUUGUAGCACCCUGGUACAAUGCUUUGCAUAUAAUGGGUGCGUAAUAAAUUUUUAACAAAUGAAUAAAUGCUUCUGGGACCA